AUGGCGACACAGAUAAAAAAGUUGCUGACAAAUAGAUUGCACUUUUAUAGCGUAAGAUGUUUCACUCAAAUGGCUCCCGAGCCAUCAGAAGAAGCAGCUACUCGACCUCACACACCGGUCAUGGCAAACGAAGUCAUCAAAUAUUUGAACCCUUCUGCUGGUGAAACGUACGUUGAUAUGACAUUUGGCGCAGGCGGUCAUUCGACUCGAAUUAUUGAGUCUGCACCGAACAUUAAAAUUUUCGCAUUAGACAGAGAUCCAGUUGCCCAUAAUUAUGCCCAGGCUAUGGCGGAAAAAUAUCCCGGACAAAUCGUACCCUUACUGGGACGAUUUUCCGAGUUGCCGUCACUACUAAAGCAGCACAAAGUUUUGCCGAAUAGCAUCGACGGUUUUCUGUUUGACUUCGGCUGUUCUUCAAUGCAAUUCGACGUCGCCGAACGUGGGUUUUCUUUGUCAAAAAAUGGUCCCCUUGACAUGCGGAUGGAUGGAUUUAGAUGCCCGAAUGAGCCGACAGCUGCUGAUGUCUUAGAAAGAUGCUCGGAAAUAGACUUGUCUCGUAUAAUUAAAUACUAUGGGGAAGAAAAACAGUAUAGGAAAAUAUCCCGAGCGAUUAUUGAAGCCCGAUAUAUGUUCAAGAACUUGAAAACAACUUGGGAACUUGCGCGUCUUGUAGAAUCGGUUCUCGACAGCGACUUUAGAACCGACAAACUUGGAAGAUAUGCCCAUUCUGCGACAAAAGUAUUUCAAGCCCUACGAAUUUUCGUUAACAAUGAAUUGAAUGAAAUAAACUAUGGAAUAUUAGUCGCUGAGAAAUAUUUGAAAAAUAGUGGACGUCUUAUUACGAUAUCUUUUCAUUCACUCGAAGACACUGUUGUAAAACGUCAUCUUUCUGGGAACAUAACUGAAAAUGCUGCUAAUAGUUCGCCGUUGAGAUUUCAAAAUUACGGAAAAGUUUUCUCUCACGGUGAGGUCAUGGCGAUGACUGAAUCCCCGUGGCGAAUGUUACAUAAACAUAUUUUGAUCCCUACUGAAGAAGAAAUUCAGGAAAAUCCUCGAUCAAGAUCCGCUAAGUUCCGAGCCAUAGCGAAGAUUAAAUAAAUUUUCUAUGAUGCUGACAUCGAAACUUGAAGUUUUAGUGUCUGUACAUCCAGUCGCAAUCUAUUUUCAGUUUAAUUUCGCGAGCUUAUAUUAGAAAACGCGUAAAUUGCAUGGACCUGAAGAUCGAAACGUUUUUCGCGCAACGAAAAUGAAAGAAAUUUUUGGAAUUCGACUGCUUAAGUAGUUCCCUAGGUUGCAGGUGGCCUAAGAUUUUCAGCUGAGGUACCAGCAUAUGGGUGAAACACUUCGGAAAUCUAGUGAUCCAGUAGAUUUUUCUAACGUUCCGAUCUUCGGGGACAUUAAAUUGCGAAUGCCUUCAAUCAGCGGACGGAAACAUUUGUUUCGUCCUUUGGGAAAAAAACAAGAAAUGUUUCUGUUUGAUGACUGAAGGCAUUUGCAAUUUAAACUCUGAUACUUGUCAUUUGUUUGAUAGUCAUUUCAAACUGUUAGUUUUGUUCACGUAAAUUACAAUUAACUGACUGCUGACAAUGAAACUUCAAGUUCCAAUGCAGGUAAUUAUGAAAAAUAUAGUGUGCAACUCAGAAUAAAACACUAUUUCAGACUGCGGGUAUUGUCGGUUUCACCCCGGUCUGAAAUCGUUUCAUUUCAUGCCUUGUUACACAAUAUACUAUUUAUUUAUGUUAAUAAUUCAUUGUAGAUAUUGUAAUAAAGCAAACUAUUUCAUAUUUCAAAA